CAACCAACCAACCAAUCACCCACCCGCCAUAGCCAUUCUACGCAUUUACUCUUCCGCCAUGGUUCAUCGCCGUGGAAUGAGGUUCUGCUGCUGCGGAGUACCCCUCAUCAACAUCGGCGCCUACUUCAUCCUCAUCGAGAAUGCCCUUCUCGGAGGCGCCAUCGCCGUCCUGGCCUUUGUGCCGCCACAGAUUGUCGCCCUCAUGGGCGCCGUGCCAACAUGGUCCAAGUUCAUUGUAGGCAUUCUCGGCAUCGCUGUCCUCUUAUGGCAGCUCCUUGGCCUCAUCGCCAUCUCCAAGGAGAAACCCGGAAUUUACCGCACUUACAUUCGCAUCAACUUCAUCCUCACACUCGCCACCGUCGCCGCAUCUGCUACGUUCAUCACCGUGGGCGCGGUCCAACACACCAAGACGGUCAACUCGUGUGUAGCCAGCUUUGGUGCGACACCCCAGUCGGAGUCAACAGCGCAGCUCGUCGCUCCAUCUGGUACCGUCGGCAAUGUCGGUCGGGACAUCUGCAACGUCUUCAUCUGGAUCCAAGUUGGCCUCAUGGGGCUGCUCGUCGCAUUAAUUGGCCUGACACAGUUCUACAUGUGCUAUGCGCAACGAUCAUAUGGACAGCAACAAAGGGAUGCUGCACGAGACUGGAAAGCUCUCAAAGGCGAAGAGAUUCCACUCGCAAGCUGGGAGCACCACGCUUGAGUUCAGGCGCAGCACUCGGGUCCUUUGCAAUCAGACCGACCUGUGCCAUGCCGCAUACGACUGGAGAGAUAUAGACGAUGAACAUUCCAGAUGGAAAUCAUGUUCCACCGCAUACACGGACAAUUUUGCCACUCGCAUGCUCGACGUAACCACCCAUUGUACUUUUAGGCACGAGUUUUACCAUAUUCUGUAUCCUUAAUCUACACUUCUCCCCUACAAUGGACGUUCAGGCUUUUUCAAC